AUGCACAAUUUAAUUCAUACAUUGAUUCCUCGAGAGGAUGAUAAUGGUGCCUCUCACGGUCGACGGGCAUUGGUAGUCACUGCAGUGCUAACCACAAUUUCCACUGUUAUCGUCGCAAUGCGAUUUUAUGCACGACUUGGAUUGAUGAAAAGUACCGGUCGUGAAGAUUGGGCUAUCCUCAUCUCUUUGAUAUUUUCCCUUAUCUACCUCGCACUCGUCGCUGCCCAACUACAUUAUAAAAUGGGCGUCCACUCGGCACUUCUUUCCAGUCAUGUCUUGCAGCAACAACUUAAGUGUUUGUGGGCUGCAAUUCCCAUGUACAACGCCAGCUUGGCGUUCACCAAAUUCUCCAUUCUUUUCCAAUAUCUGCGCAUCUUUCCCGGCAAAUCUUUCCGCCUUGCUUGUUAUUUCAUGAUGGCGGUCGUGGCUACCUACUCGGCGUGGGCCAUUGUGAGCGGCUUCGUGAACUGUGUCCCCGUGGCUAAAUUUUGGGACAAGGACUUGCCAGGCAGUUGUCUCAACUUCGAGGCUGUCUGGUUCUUCAAUGCUUCUAUGAACAUUGCAACGGAUAUAGCGUUAUUAGUGUUGCCCAUGCCACUACUUUCCAAGCUACAGCUGCCCCGCACACAGAAGAUCGCUCUAAUGGGCGUCUUUGCCAUGGGUGUUUUGGUCGUGGUCACUAGUAUUCUCCGCCUGUCGAGUUUACGUGAAGUCGCUAAAAGCCCCGACACUUCCUACAGCAACGUCGCAGCCGCCUACUGGACUGCCGCGGAAUGCAACGUCGCCAUCAUGUGCUCCUGUCUCCCAUUCUUGCGACCCAUCAUCAGCCGAAUCUUCCCCAACCUUCUCUCUGCAGGUAGCACCAAUCGCAAUGGUGCCAACAAAGCCACAGUUACAAACCUCACUGGAACUCGCACUAUGACACGUCAUACCCAGCUAUUUAGCCAGAAUCACGAUAAAGACUAUGAUAUGUAUUCGAUCAAUGUCUUAACCAAGCCUCAUGGCCACUCCAGCCACAGUUCCCUCAAUGGUAUUGAGGUUACCACCGAGAUGAGCGUUAUGCAGGAGGAGACUUCAACGAGUCCUAGUGAGCGCAGGCUAGUUAUGGAUGCUUGA